AUGGAUUACUAUCAACCGGUGGAGAUUAACGUUCUCUCUGCUCAAGAUCUCGACUCCGUAAACCUUUUGUUCAGACCAACAGUCUACGUUUCCGUCUCGGUCACCUGCGGUUCACGUGACCAGCAAGCCACUCCAGCUGCCGUGUGCUGUAAGAAACUCUUACGUUGGAAUUACCGCAUGAGAUUCUAUAUAGAAGAUGACAAGGUUCAAAGGAAUGAGUCAGUGUUUGUGUUUCAAAUCAAGUGUAAGAGAUUUUUGGGGUCAGAGCAAGUCGUCGGAAAGCUUUUCGUACCGCAUUUUACAUUAGGAGUUUGGGGAAUUAUAAGACAUGAGCCAUCAGCUCCUUUUGAAGACGAUAUCUAUAUUUGA